GCCUGGGGUCUAGUCUUCCUCCCGCUCGCCCUGCUAAUGAAACCGCCAGUAGCACACACUGGUGCGAACGGCUCCGAGUCACACGAACGGGAUAGCCAACGUUUGUUAGAUGGAUUAUCAGACGAUGAUAUGGAUGCCGAUGAGUAUGACAUGGACGAUGAAGAGGUGCUGGUAAAUGUAGAUGCAGGUGUGCCAAUACGUAAUAGUAGGGAUGGAGGUAGGGGAUCUAGCACGAAUGCGAACUUGACAGCUGAUGGUGGCGUUGUAACAAGGAUUUCAAAUCCGGAAAAG